AUGGAGGGUUUAGACGAAUGGAGACGCAAAGACUGGGUUACCGUCCGCGGGGUCCCCAUGGUUUGUGCUUUUUCCCCAAACUGGGAACGUAUCGAUGAGUUCCAAGUCAGAGAAGAUGACCUCGUCGUUGCCACCUACCCCAAGUCAGGUACCACAUGGAUCAGUGAGAUCGUUGACGUCAUCCUGGCUGAUGGGGACACGGAGAAGAGCCAAAGAGAUGCCAUCCACAACAAGGUGCCCAUGCUGGAGUUCUGUGCCCCAGGAUAUGCACCCCCAGGAACCCAGCAGCUGGAAGAUCUACCUUCUCCUCGGGUGAUCAAGACCCACCUGACGGUUUCCCUCCUCCCCAAAUCCUUUUGGGAAAAGAGCUGUAAGGUUAUAUACGUAGCGAGGAACCCUAAGGACGUAGCGGUCUCAUACUAUCAUUUUGACCUGAUGAACAAACUACACCCCGAGCCGGGUCCCUGGGAGGGGUAUAUAGAGAAGUUCAUACGAGGGGCAGUGGCUUACGGGCCGUGGGGGGCUCACGUGAGAGACUGGUGGGAUCUGAGAAAUCAGCUUGGAAUCCUGUAUCUUUUUUACGAGGACAUGAUUGAGGACCCAAAGCGUGAGAUCCGGAAGGUGGUGAAGUUCCUGGGGAAGGACCUAACCGAGGAUGUUCUGGAGAAGAUCGUGAGGCACACCUCCUUCCAGGCCAUGAAGCAGAACCCCAUGACCAAUUACACAACUUUAUCGUCAACCGUGAUGGACCACUCAGUGUCCCCCUUCAUGAGAAAAGGAAUCUCCGGCGACUGGAAGAACCACUUCACGGAGUCUCAGAGCAGGAGGUUUGAUGAAUAUUAUCAGAGGGAAAUGGCCGGCAGUGAAUUAUCAUUCAGGUUCCAGGUCUGAGCAAAAGACUGAGAGAGCGGCCCCCACAGCCAUGUGACAGGAGGGUAGUGUGUGAGACCCCCCUACAGAUUGCACAUCCAAUGAGAAACCCAAAUCCUCAAACGCUUUAAGGAAACUGCCCCUGCGCUACCAUCAAAUUUAGAUUUUUCAUCGUCCGGGGGAAGCAUUUUAUGAACGCACAUCUUGAGCAAGAGCGUCUGUUAAACAGGAAGCAGAAGGCACACUACUUCCUGUUUUAGAAGUCACUAUAUUUGCGAUAUGAGCCUUUGAUGUAAUUAACUUUACAAGAAAUUCUUGGUGUGGGGAAUAUUUUUACAUUUAUUUAGGAACGGCGCCAUCUUGUGCAUGAAGUAGCCUUAGCAUCGCUUGCUGACGGUCAUGCGCAGCUGGGUUUGUGGGAAUUUAAUGAACUUAAUCUCUGCAGAUCUUGGGAUGUUUUACCUUUAUCCUUAAAUCAUUAAAAUGUUAAAUUCUGUCUGAACACAGCA